CAGGCUGUUCACUUUUAUCAUGACAGAUUCUCGUUACAUCUCAUACUGUCUCCGUGGAACUUUUCUUGAACCAUUCCAAUAUUAUUGACACUAAUGUCCCGCACGCUUCGUAUUGCAGCAGCACAGGUCGGCGCCGUGCAUCGCAGCGACGACCGCCAAAACACCUUAUCACGACUCAUCGCAUUACUCGAAAACGCCGCCUCCCAAGGCGCACAGAUAGUCCUAUUCCCCGAGUGCACUUUUACAACAUUCUUUCCUCGCUACCUAAUCACCGACAAAGAGGAGCUCGAAUCAUUCUUCGAACACGGCGACAUCACCACGGCAGAUAGCACCAAGGGUAUAUUCGAAAAGGCAAAAGAGCUAGGCGUAGACAUCUGCAUCGGGUUCGCAGAAGCAACGGAAGAGAAUGAGUAUUACAAUACUUGCGUCUACUAUCAUGCAAAGUCCGGAUCUGUCUUAUCCAGGUACCGCAAGGUACAUUUGCCAGGAGACGUUGAACCCUUUCCCGACUCAGACGCUGUCAAUCAACUAGAAAAGCGAUAUUUCAAGCCUGGGAACCUGGGAUUUCAUGCAUUUCGUGUGCCGGAUCUAACAGAAAACACUAUUGACCAAGGAGAACCAAUAUUCGGGAUGAUGAUAUGUAAUGAUAGACGGUGGGCAGAAGCAUGGCGAUGUCUUGGUCUCCAGGGCGUAGAAGUGGUGUUUGUAGGGUUCAACACUCCAGGUUAUGCGCCGCACAUGUGGAGCACGGAUUCAAGCCCACAGGAAGCACAUGAUGAUGCCAUCUUCCAGCACAAGCUGGUCAUGCAGGCGCAUUCGUACACGAACUCUUGCUUUUCGGUUAGCGCGGCACGAUGUGGCUUGGACGAUGGCAAGUAUGGUCUCGUAGGUGGUUCGACAAUCGUUGGACCUGAUGGAAAGAUUAUAGUCGAAAGCCAGACAGAGGAAGACGAGGUAAUCAUUGCGAAUUGUGACCUCGAUCGAUGCGUACCUGGCAAAACACGAACAUUUGAUUUCGCCAGACAUCGACGAACGGAACACUAUGGCAUCUUGACUUCACAAACAGGCGCAAUCGAGCCACCCAGACUCACGGCACCGGACAACGAGAAGAAUGGUCCAACGAACGGCACUCACACGACAGCAAUGAACUCCGUAACUGGUACCCCUUCAUCCCGCCAAAUCCGCAUUCUCCUCUGCAACCCCAACGCCACAGUAUCAAUGACAAACGCUUGCCUAGACAUGCUCAAACCAACACUCCCACCCGACGUCACAGUCCACGGCUUCACCGCACCCCAUCCCGCACCCUCUGCCAUCGAAGGCAACUUCGACAACAUCAUGUCCGCUGCAGCAUCAGCCCGCGCAAUCAUACCCCUAGCACACCAAUACGACGCCUUCCUCGUCGCAUGCUACAGCGACCACGCACUUACCAAGAUGCUAAGAGAGGAACUAUCCCAGCCCGUCAUCGGCAUCAUGGAAGCAUCACUAUAUUCCGCUCGUACACUCGGUAGUCGCUUCGGUAUCAUAGCUACAUCGCAGCGCUCGCGGUACACGCUUGCCGACGCUGUGAAAAACUACGGACUAGACUCCUUUUGUGUGGGCGUGCGCAGCUGCAACUUGGGCGUACUCGAAUUAGAGACAAAAGAUGAAAACGAGGUUUUGACUAUCAUGUGCGGUGUUGCACGGGAGCUUGUGGCCGAUGGGGCGGAUACGCUGGCGCUGGGUUGUGCGGGAAUGACGAAUAUGAAGAUUGCGGUUGAGAAGGCGGUUGGAGGCGAUGUACAGGUGGUUGAUGGGGUCCUGGCGGGCGUACAGCAUCUUGCUGGUUUGUGUAGAUUUGGGGCACGAACGGCGAAACGAGGCAUGUAUGCUAGCUCUGCUGCGGGUCGGCAGCGCAGAGGUCAGGAUUGGUAUUAGAUAUUGGAUUGUGGAAGCAAUGAACCGUAGAGAUAUUUUUGGUUGUUGGGCC